AUGGAUACCAGAAUGACUCGGUCCAUGUCAAAGCGGAGACAAGAAGAUGCGGAAUCUCCUGCUCUUUCGGAUUUCAAACGUCGGCAGACUGAUUGGCCUGCUCCAUCCCUGUCCUCCGGGCCGAGUAUCUCCUCAGUUGAGCACGCAAGUCAAAACACAUGGGAGGAGCUGAAGGCACUGGCGUUCAAGCGCAUUAACGAGUAUAAGUGUUACGGGCGCGAGUAUGAAGACAAACUUGAAAACGUUCUUACUGAAGCACUGCAAUGGUUACCAGAAGGCGGUCGCGAUGCGCUCGCUCAAGAUAUCAUUGACGUCCGGGGGGAUGAUCAAAUGCUUUACGAUGUUUUUGCGAAUUUCCGUACUGCCGUUAUGGAGGCUAUUAAAUCCGUGAGCAAGGAGCCUGUUACGCCGUCACCUCACCAUAAGCGUCAGAAAAGCAUCGAUAGGGUCGCGGCUAGGCUACCAGAACCCCUAAGCCGCUCAGAUGACUGGGUCCGGGAUUGUCGCGAGCGGGAUGGUAAUCACUGUGUUAUUUCGUACCCCUUUGAACACGAGAUGCCACAGGAGAGGCAUCUCCCGAGAGCAAAUAAUCAAGGGCAACAACGAGAUUAUCUUGAAGUUCAUCAUAUCAUACCAUUCUCUUUGGGAGGCUUUAACAAAAAGGAUGAUCAUGAUACCGCGAUCAAGUGGUCUUCGAUUUACACCGCAUUCCCGAAGACCAAGGCGAUUGCAGCCUCAAAGAUCAACACCUUGGAAAAUGGCAUAACCCUUCGCCAAGAGCUACACAGAGCCUUUCAGCGUUUCCUGAUUGCGCUUCGACCGACGGGAAUUCCUAACUGUUACGAAAUUAAAAAAUGGCAACCAGACGAGCAUGAAUUAGCGCUUCGAUUACUUUUCAAUUAUCAAUUACCGGCUGGUGCUAUAGUAACCCUUCGACAGGCGGUCGGGCACGCGGAUAAGCCACUUCCAAGUACUGAUCUCCUCGAUAUGCACUGGCGCGUUUGCGAGAUUUUCCAUGCAUCCGGAAUGGCCGAAGAAGUAAAGUUGGUGGAACAACGAUGGUUCAAGCUCAAGCACGAUUUAUGUGGUCGUUCCUUGCCGGAGGACGGAUCAUUGAACCUUGAGGAGGUGCUACACGUAGCCUUUGCUGACCAUAUCCAGGUUUAG